UAAAUUGACUCACAUUGAUUACAUAGCUUAACUAAUUCUAUUAUAUUUCCUUAUUCGUCCCUGUCUGAAAUUGACGUUAUUACGUUUCUUACAUAAGAAGUUCAUCAUUACGUUUAUUCGCAAGCAGUUAUACUGUUCAUUUGUCCUAUUCGCGAUACUUUCGUCUAUACUCACUGAUAAAUCAGAGAUAAUAUAGUCUGUCUUUUCCGAAUGAGAACAAACGGAACUAAGUUAUACGAAUAAUCGAUUCUUCGUAAUGAGACAUAAUAAUGAAGUGAAGAGAACGAAAAUGAGACAGUUCUUCUUUCUGCCGCUUCGUAUGCUUCACAUUAAACGUAUUCGUUCCAUUCGACUUCAUUAUGGCCCAUCUCUACUUGUAUGUAAAGUUGAACUUUACUUGUUCAGAAUUUUCUAAAAUUCUGAAUUCUAGGGGUGAAUGUGGGGGUGAGGGUGAGGAUGAGUGCGAAUAAGCAACUUUACAUGUAUGUAAAGUUCAGAAUUCUAGAAUUCUUAACUCUACAGAUAAUAGCAAUGUAUGAACUUUGCAUCUUGUAAUUGUAAUCGCGCAGCCCUCAUAUAAAACAUUUAUUUAAUCAAUUUGAAACUUUCUUGCAACAAAGGACUAGUCCGCAUCAGACUUGUAAUUGGAUCACUAAAAAUAUUUUAGACUUUUCCCUAGGUUGUGCCACUGGCACUCUUGAUCACUUUUUCUAUGAAACUAAAGAGGAUCUCUAAUCAUUCAUAUAUUAUUUGAUGCGUCUUGAAAACUACACAAUGUGUUAAUAGGGAGCUUAACGGAGCCCGGUAACGGCCUUUAUGAAUUAAUGCUUUCCCACUUAAACCGAAUAGAACUUGUACAUCGUAUUCUAUUUUAGUAACUUCUGUGGAAGAUAUGUAAGACACGUGUUUUAUAUUUUCUUAAGAGACGGUCUACAGACUCAUAGAGUUUACGUACGAAAGUCCAUAAUAUAGCUAAAAAUAGAUUUUGUUUUAACGUCGCUCACUCGAUUCUCCAUUCAAAGUCACCUACAAAUCUAAAUUUUCGGAUCUCAUAAAUGUUUUGUUAUCCAGUUAAGAAAUUUUUAAAAAAUGAGUUAAAUUUUUUUCUCAGAAAAAUGACUGUUCGCUUAUUUCGAUUAUUUUUCAUUCGUUCUGUAUUUCGAAACUUUUGAAUAUAUAUCAAUCGAAAGAGAGCAGAAAACUGAAGAAAAUGUGAUACUUUUAAAGAUAUUAGAAAUCAGACAUAGAUUCAGAAAAUUAAAAAGAUAAAAUUCUGAAAUGAAAUUUUUUUCUAAAACAAGGUUCUCGACACUCAGAUAUUAAACUUCCAAAAAUAGAAUUACUACAUCUUGUAGAAUGUAAUUCUAUACAAAAUGAACUAUUUUUUAUCCCUAGAGAACAUCAGGCUAGUAUUCGAAAAUGCUGGACAAUGAGUACCAUUACAAUUAGUGAAAAAGUUGAAUUUCUUGAAAUCAACGUUUACAACAUAAUAACAUGUUUUAUAAUAAUUUAGUUUUUAUUACUUCAAAACACAUAUUUAAAGCAUUCGUAUGAUCAUUCAUCUGUGAGUGUUUAUGGUGCAUGGUAGUCUUAUUUCUUUUUUUUAGGCGAAAAAGGUUUUUGUGGUGCUAUUGUUGGACUUGCACAAAAACGUGUGGAUGAUGAAGUAAAGGGAUGGACACAAUAG